AUGACGGACACUCAGGUGACCGACGAGAACGACGACGAGAUGACGGAGAUCGAAGUGAUUACGGCAGACGAGACCACGCACGAGUUCGAACUUGGCGAGGCGCCUCACGACGAAGACGAGGAAGAGGACGCGAUGGAAGACGUGGACGAUGACGGAAGAAUUUUGGCUGAGGACGCGGAUGUGCGCGAUGAUGCUGAGAUGGUGUUCAAUAAACACUCGGGGCCGGUGUACUCGAUCAAGGUGAACCCAGUGGACCCAAGGAUCGUCAUCACAGGCGGAGGUGACGAUGUCGGUGUGAUUUGGAAUCGAGAGGAUGGCAACGUGCUGUACACGUUGUCGGGUCACCAGGACUCGGUCGUGAGUGUGGAUUUCAGCUUUGAUGGCAAAUACGCGGCUACAGGAGGAUAUGAUGGCGUUGUCAAGGUCUGGGAAGUAGCAACGGGGAACAUGGUACAGAACCUAGAGGGUCCGUCACAAGAGGUCGAAUGGGUUUGCUGGCAUAAGAAGGGAAACGUAGUACUGGCCGGAUCGAGCGACGGGACUGUAUGGAUGUGGCUGGCGACGACUGGAGAAUGCAUGCACGUGUUUGCUGGACAUGAAGACGGCGUUACAUGUGGCGCGUUUACAGGAUCCGGAAAACUGAUUGUGACUGGUAGUUCCGACACGACAGUGCGUGUCUGGAACCCGAAGACGGGUGAAUGUAACCACGUAUUCCGGGGUCACGGCUUUCACGAAGGUCCGGUGACGUUUAUCACCUGUCAUCCAAGCCAACCUCUUGCAAUAUGUGGCUCUCAGGACGGCACUGCUCGCCUGAUUCAAGUGCAGACGAAACGCGUGCUCGCAGCGUUGUCGCACGAUGGCGCUGGGGUAGGCAUUAUUGGAAUCGUCAACGACGCUUCAAGUGCGACGGAAAACUCGGUUGAAUGUGGAGGAUUCUGUCAUACGAUGAACUGGGCCGCUACAGGUUGUUUGGGCGGAUACCUGCGCAUUUGGGAUCUAGUGACGUACCAGUGCCGCCAUGUUUGCCGUCACCCUGCUGGAGUGAUUAAGCUGCUGUGGCACCCUUCGCAGCCUAUUGUGUACUCGUGCACGGUGGAAGGUCUGCUAUACGUUUGGGACGCCCGGACAGGGCAGCUUCUGAAGACUUUGGCGGGUCACACGGAUAUGAUACUCGACGUGGCUUUGGUCCCUGCCGUCGAAGGCAACUCUGUGGCUGAGCUUCUUACUGCCAGUGACGACGAGUCCGUGCGACUCUUUUGCGUAGAAAAUUAG